AGUGGAUCAAUCCGUUGUGUUUUUACUUCAGUUGUUCGUUGGUGACACCCAGAAAUAAGAAGGGCAUGCCAAUAGUGGAGUAAUGAAUGAGUGAAGGCAUGUCAUGUUGCCAUGAUGAGUGGUACCACUAGUGCCAUCACCCAAGAACUCUGUCUUGCCUUUUCGGACUUUGUCAAUACUCUAUUUGCCAUUCCACUUACCAGAAACCUCAUUGCUUGUCUCGUCACAACGGGCGAUGUUCCGGAAAUACAAGAAUUCACCUACGCGAACCCUACCAUUGAUAUGGGAGAUGAUAUCGCCGAGGAAACAGUCAUUGAAAUACCCGAGGGUCCUUAUAUUGUAACAGAGCAAUCGACGGGAAGUCCUUUUCACGUCGGCACCAAGGUUGGUUCGUCGAUAUUAUGGCAAGCACAUGUUCCGAUUACCGAAUUAUCCAGUAUUUUGCGGGAUAACAUUGACGCCGAUGAUAAUGACAAUGAUGUGGAACAAUUAUUGCAGGAGAUUUUGACCGGACAAAGUGGAGCGUGUUUUGAUUGUGAAACAGAACCGGGAAUUGAUGGAGUCGAGUUGGUAGCCAUGACUCCCACCACCUACACGUUGGAGUUGACCAGUCUCAAAAGUCAGCACAUCAAGGAUACAAUCACCUUUGCCGGACCAGGAACGGCUGCCAUUCUGGCCAAGAUGGAUGCAGCAACAACAGAAACCCAAAAUGCCAUUCGGAUAUUCGACCUGGGACGGGGGGAGACCAAAACAGAGAUUGCCGGGACUCUGCUGGGCAAUGUGCUGAGUCGCUCCUCUUUGGAAGGGAUGGCAGAGGCGGAAGCUCUCUACUACAGGGCACUCACAGCGGGGGAUGAAGUUUGGAGGAAGACCAAUAAUAGCAGCAACAGCGGAAUGAGAUUGCUCAGUGGCGAGCCUGGCAAGAGCUUUGCCCUGCGAGUCCACAGCAAUGAACAAGCAAAUAGGUUUGACUAUCUCGUGUUUCAUGAUUCCACCAAUGGUUUAGACUUUGUGAACUAAUCAAUCUUUUCAAGUAAGUGAGGAUUAUCCGUCGUUGGUUUGAAAGUGAUGAGCAGGUGUCUACUGGUAUGGGUGGAAAGCACAAUCAAGGCGUUGACAAAAGAUUAGGUUCAACAAUUGAACUUUAGCAAUGCUGGUAGUAGGCUGAGACUCAUAGGAGGCCCCCUUCAUAGCAACCUACCCAAGAAGGAAGCAGAGUUCAUGAAUACUUUGCUUGCCAAGAAGCCAGAAAGGCAUUGCAUCUAUGGCUACUAGUAGCUUUAGAAGAACCCUCCCCCCUGCCCUUCUUCUCUUUCUUUUACCAGUAGCUAUACUUCCCAGCAGGGGCAGGUUUUGUUAGGUAAAUCGAAAAAUAAAUACUAAAUAGAUACGUUAAGGAGCG